AUGCCUCGCGACACUCUGCAUACUCACACCUCCCCUGCCAGCUCUCCCUCCGCGCCGUCGCACGCCUCCAAUCGCAGCCAGACAUCCACCCCGACCCGGUCACCGACACUUACCACCCGCCGCCGACUGUCAAACUUCGGCUUCAAUACCUCGUCUACCGCCAGCCGCGCCUUGCACGCCGUCCAAGGCUCCGCCAACCGCGUCUCCGCCACCAAUCGAUCCGCCGCCCUCUUGAAGGCCAACCGAGACUCCUUCUACUCCAUCCUAGACGACCCCCUCCUCAAGGCCUACAACGUCAUCGCAGAGGCACGCGACGACUACGACCAGCCUUGGCUCCAAGACGGCUGCCCCGCACGCCCUGCCAACGAGGGCCAUGAGAAGCGGCCAGCUCGAGCUUGGCCUCCUCCGCGUCAGGAGUCAUUAAAACCUAGAUCACAGCUCUGGUUUCAAUACUCGGCUCCUCCAAACAUGGAGUCGUUCAACGUGGCCGUCAUCGGCUCGACAGGCGUCGGCAAGUCGACCUUUAUCCAGAACGUCCUCGGUCUACCGCGCCGGCCCAUCACCAACUCGUCGAGCGUACGCAUGGUUGUCGACACUACAACCCACAUGAUCACCCUCGUCGAGCUCGACCUUGAACACUUUGAACUCAGCGCCCCCUCGCAACCGAUCCAAUGGCCGAAGCAGAUAAACGGCCACAUUGUGCCCCGAGUUGAUGCCGCCCUCAUACUCUACGAUGUCAUGGACGAGGACACGGUUCAUGAUCUUCCCCAGACGCUGGCUGCCUUGACGAACUCCGGACUCCCCGCCAUGCUCGUGGCCACGAAGUGCGAAAACGCCGUAGACGACUGGGAGGUUGACCCCGACAGUAUCGCCGGGCACAAGCACUUCCAGGCCUGCAUAGGUGCAUACAAGGUCUCGGCCGAUAACCCGGAGAUUGGCCGUGCCUGCCUUCAAGCUAUUCUUCGAGCUGCCGUAGGCUACCGAAGGCUUGUUAAGCCUAUUGCAGAGGAGAAUGGCGAAGUCUUCUCACGAAGAAGGGCCCAGUCGAACCUCGAAGCGCCCGAUGCCGGUGUCACUCGACCCAUCAGCCAGCAGAGCAAGCACAGUCGGGCAAGCUCCGACUUCUCCUUACUCAAGGGGUUCAGCACCCCCAACCCAGACAAUGGCCGACACCAGGCCUCCAAGAGUCCUCGACCAGAUUCUGGACAACCAGACGUACGAGACGGUAUGCUGACUGGCUCUAUCAUAGGCAUGCGUCUUGAUAGACCUGGCGAUACGUUCCCCGAUAUGGAAGAAUCCGACCAGUACUCAGAUGAGACCCCUAUACUGCAGCGCAAUGAUGAUCGCGGAACCGACAAGAACUCCAAGGCAGCAGGCGUGACGUUUGACGAACUCGUAGACCGACUCCUCGCCCCCCGGCUGUCCAAGGCCGACGCCAACUUCUCCGACAUCUUCCUGUGCCUGUACCGUAAAUUUGCUGCGCCGGGAGAGCUGUUCUCGGCUAUCUUGGCGCGGCUGGACCGUGUUAGGGACGACAAGACGUCGCAUUACCUCACCAAGACGGCGACGCAGCUGAGAAUCAUCGAGGUGGUGGCCAGAUGGGUGUCGCUAUACCCUGGUGACUUUGCGCGUGCGGGCACCAGACGGGCUCUGGAGGAGCUCAUCAGGCACCUGGCGACGGAGCCCAUCUUCUCCAUCUCGGCGCAGCACAUGCGGCAGACCCUGCACCGCAGCGUAACCGAGGACGACGACACAGGUUGGGCCAACACGGACGGGACCGCGGAUCCCCUCUCUGACGCGAACGACGCCGCAGCGGGCGUCGGCGGCCUCAGCCUCGAAGACGACGGUAGGCUGUCGGAAUGCUCCGACGUCGACAGGGACCUGAGCAUGUCGGGCCAGUCGCAGUAUCACCAGUACGACCUGUACGAGAAGGAAGCGGCGCUGAUGGAGCCGACGGAGCACCUGCCGAUGGACAAGACACGCUACCACAGCUUCAUGGAGAUACCCGUCGACGACGUGGCCGACGAGCUGACACGCAUCGAAUGGGUUCUGUUCUCGUCGAUCCGGAUCCGCGACUUUGUGCGGCACGUCAGCCUGUCGCCGGCGGAGAAGGAGAAGUGCAAGGGCCUGCGCAACGUGAACCGCAUGAUCAACCACUUCAACCACACGGCGCAGUGGGUGGCCAACAUGAUACUGCUGCGCGACAAGGCCAAGCACCGCGCUCAGAUUCUGGAGAAGUUUAUGAACAUUGCUCUCAAGCUCCGCCAGCUCAACAACUACAACGGUCUCGCGGCCAUCCUGGCGGGCAUCAACGGCACAGCCAUCCACCGCCUGGCCCAGACGCGCAACCUGGUCCCCGCCGAGGUGCAGAAGCGCUUUGCCCGGCUCGUCAUCCUGAUGGGCACGCAGAAGAGCCAUUUUGCCUACCGACUGGCGUGGGAGAACUCCCCACUGCCCCGGAUCCCGUUCAUCCCGCUACACAGGCGAGAUCUCGUGUCGGCCGAGGAAGGCAGCAAGACUUUUGUCGGGCCCAAGGGGGACCGCAUCAAUUGGAAGAAAUUUGAGGUGCUGGGCGAGGUGCUCCUGCCCGUAAUGAGGAGCCAGGGUACGCCGUAUCCGAACCUGGGCAAGCAUGAUACUGUUCGAGGGAUUAUUCUGGGUUGCCGAAUGCCGACUGAUGACGAGGAAAUCUACCAACGAAGCGUACAGGUAGAAAGUGGAAGUGGAGGUUCGACGGAGCCUAGUAGGAAGAAGGCCUUUCCGUGGUUUGCCAAGUAG